AUGCGCGGCGUGACUGCCACGUACAGGUUGACAGCUGCAGUUGAGGCUUCCCGAUGCUGCUGCCACCCGGCUCUUGCUAAGGCCAGUAACCCGCUCUCACCUUCUUCGUUUUGGGAGCAGUUAGUGAAAUACAGCGUGAUCUCGUCGUCACGAUCAGGAGGUCGGCGCAGCGGUUAGGACACGGCACCAUGAACGGCCAGCUCGACCUGAGCGGGAAGCUGAUCAUCAAAGCCCAGCUGGGCGAUGACAUCAGACGUAUUCCUAUCCACAACGAAGACAUCACUUACGAUGAGCUGGUGCUCAUGAUGCAGCGCGUCUUCAGGGGCAAACUGCAGAGCAGCGACGAGGUCACCAUCAAGUACAAGGAUGAAGACGAUGACCUCAUAACCAUAUUUGACAGCUCUGACCUCUCCUUUGCUAUCCAAUGCAGUAGGAUUCUCAAGUUAACUUUGUUUGUGAACGGUCAGCCAAGGCCUUUGGAGUCCAGUCAUGUCAAGUACCUGCGCAGGGAGCUCAUCGAGCUGAGGAAUAAAGUCAACACGCUCCUGGAUACUUUUGAGCCAUCAAAAGAGCCCGGCGUGGCCACCACAGCACCAGAAAAUGAAGCAGUUGAAGGACGUGAAGGCAAGAUGGCGACAACAGACUUUGCUGCGAAGCACGUGACCCCGGUCAGCGCGGCCAGUAUGUCUGCCUUUGACCCCUUAAAGAACCAGGACGAAGUCAACAAGAAUGUCAUCUCUGCUUUCGGUCUGAGCGAGGACCAGCCCCCAGCUCCGCCAGCAGCGGUAGCCCCAGAGGAGCGCUCAGGGACCCCUGAUAGCAUUGCUUCCUCCUCUUCCACAGUCCCUCAGCAAGGAUUGCCUCCCCAAGCGCAGGCCCCCUUUUCUGGAGGACAGCAGGGAGCCCCAGCUGGCAUGGAUGGUCAGGUGUACCAGCAGUACCAGUCCCCAGGUGGGUACCCUCCACAGCAGCCGGGUGCCCCGCCUCAACAGUAUGGAAUGCAGUAUCCUGGUAAGAGUGACAAAUGGUCAAAGAAGUGCAGCUUUUGUUGCAUUCUCGGCCUUUUUUUUUUUUUCUUUAGCAGGGUACAGUCCCCAGCCGGGAGCCCCUCAACCUGGUCCACAGCAGCCACAACCACAGCAGUUCCAGAACUACGCACCCCCCUCCUCCCAAGCCCCAGCCGCAGGGCCGCCGGCCCCAACCCCCAGCUUCCAGGGUGGCCAGCAGCCACAGCAGCAGCAGCCUCACCCUCAUCCUCAGGGACCCCAGCAGUACCCACCAGGAGCCUUUCCUCCCCAAAACUAUACUACCCAGGCAUCGCAGCCUGCCAACUACAGCAUGCCGCCCACCUCCCAGCCUGCUGGUUACCAACCUCGCCCAGGAUACACCCCGCCUCCGGGCAGCACGGUCACCCCUCCGCCCGGGGCUGCUAACCCUUAUGCCCGCAACCGGCCCCCUUACGGUCAGGGCUAUGCUCAGCCAGGCCCUGGGUACCGAUAAAAGGUGCUCGUGAUUUGAUCCAUGACCCAACCUUUGUGAUUUCAACUGUUUGGACUGGUUCACUGCUCUGACUACCCCCCCCCCCCAUCAUAUGAAUAUAAAAUCCAAAUUUGAAACAGGCAACUCCCCAGUGUGAUGGUUACUGUUUGUACAUCACUGGCCUUUUGGUGUUGUAAUUAUGGCCCUUCUUUUCUUUUUUUUUUGUGGGGUAUUUCAUCUCGUCAUCUUUUUUCUUGUUUUUGGCUUUGUUGCACUCAUCCGGAAGACCAAAACAGGCUGUUAAUCCUUUUUACAUCAUAGCGUGAACGACAUCCAUAUCCUUAAGAUGCCUCUUUCCCUCAGACACACUAACUGAAUUCCGAUGUUUUGUCUUUUUGUCGCCGCCAUUUUUGUUUUAAUCAUGACUAGCUAAAUGAAGGCAUACAUGUGGGAUCAAUCCCAGUGAAAUAUACAAGGUUUCCCUUACGGUCACCACGCCUUCGCGCUUUCCCUGUCCUGUCACCAGUUUUUACAGAUAUUUAAAAAUCUAAUGACACCUUCACGUGAGAUUAGUCGUUUAGUGUAUAAACUGUAACGUUGUUUUUUUUCAUUAACACAAUAAAUGAUUGAGACCCAG